AUGUCUAAUACAACACAUAAACUACAGAAAUUCUGUGCUGAAUCGUACUUUGAAACACAAACACAACCUCCUUCACUCCUCGCCGACAUAGAGGGCGUUCACAAAUUUAUCCAACGGCAACGACAGGCCAACCGAUCCGUUGUACUUCUAACGGUGAGAGUCAUUAUCACAGGUGCUCGCGUCAUGCACACUGAACUCGAACCAGAGCAGAGGGACCACCGUACCGCUAGAGCUCAAUGUCUAAGAAACCUCCGCUUCCUCGAUAAUUUUAGCGCCGGUACCCGAGGUGCGACAUCUGCCGAAUAUUUCCUCAAAGCUGGUCAUGCCGUCAUAUUCAUGAAUCGCCAGUUCAACCUACAACCUUUUGGUCGACGUUCUUCCCACUCGACCAACCCAUUCCUCAACUUUCUCGAGAUUGAUGCUGCAUCUCCGUCAUCCUCGACUAUUGACUCGGCAUUCCCGUACUCAAAUGACCCUCCACCUAUGACACGAACACCGUAA